AUGGAGAGCCAAUUGGCUCAAAUUGCACAACAAGUUGGAAGUUCAUCCUCCAAUCCUAGUGGUCACUUUCCAAGCUCAACGGUAGUGAACCCAAAGGAGCAAGCUAAGGCUAUCACUUUGAGAUCGGGAAGGGGUUAUGAGGGCCCAGUUAUGAGUGAAGAGGAUCCACAAAAGAGAGAUGAGGGAGUUGUGGUGAGAAGUGAGGAUGAUUUUGAAAAUGAAGUAGUUGAAGUUGAGAGAAAAAAGAAAAAGAGUGAUGAGGAAGCCACAAAGAAAGACGAGGGAGAUGAAGAAAGAAUAGAAAAGCCCCCUAUGAGAAUACAUAAGCCCCCCAUUCCGUUUCCUCAAAGAAUUGUAGAGAAGAAGUUGAAUGAGAAGUUUUCAAAAUUUCUUGAAGUCAUGAGAGGACUUCAAGAUCUUCUAUCCAACAAGAGUAGGCUUGAAGAGAGUGCAACCAUCUCCCUUCCUAAGGAGAUUGUAGAUUUGGAAGCUAUGGAUGCUUUAUGUGAUCUUGGGGCAAGUGUGAGCUUGAUGCCCUAUUCUAUUGCAAAGAGCUUGAAAGUUGGAGACUUGAAACCAACAAGAAUGUCCUUACAACUAGCCGACCGCACGGUUAGGCUACCUUUGGGGAUUCUCGAAGAUGUGGCGGUUCAAGUUGGAAGAGUAUUUGUGCCAUGUGAUUUUUUAGUAAUGGAGAUGGAAUAA